AUGCAACUUUAGAGCAUCGAUCUCUUUUCUUAACCAUUUUAAUUUAAUAUUGGAAAGAAUUAAAUGAGGAAAAGAACCAUUUUCGGAGCUAUUUUGUCUAUUUCCGUAAUAACCAUGAUCUUAGGCUAUUUUAUUUAUCUCCUAUAUCAGUAUUUAAAUAAUCUAAUUGAUCCUACUUAUAGGUCUUAAAGUGUAAUAGUCAAUGAAAGAAUUGAUUUGGAUCUACUUAAUGAUUUAUUUGCCUUUAGUUACCAAAUAAAUUCCACCUAUUCAGUGAGAGAUUUAGAGGCAUCAUAAAAUAAAACUUAUUUGGUGUUUUUGCCAUAUUUUUUUAGCUCUGAUGCUAAGCUGAUUCCGCUCAAUUUUACUUAAUGUUCAAAUAGUGAGUUAUCUAAUUUUAGAUGCUUAGAUUUCUCUACAAUAUCUAAAAAUAAUACUCUGACCUUGGGAUUAAAACAUAGCUUGAGAUCUAGCAUUAUAUUUUUAGGUUACAGGUGCUAGGAUGUGGAUGUUUACAAACCUACUAUCCCAGAUAACUGCGCUGAUCCAAGUGAUAUUGAUGAGAUAAUUAAUAGCGCUACGGGUGCUUUUUAAGCUAAAUUAUAUACUUCACAAUAUAAUAUAACCUCUCAGCAAAUGGAAGCAAAAUUUAGAAAUCAAUAUAUUAACUUAUAAGGAGAUGAGUUUAUUUUUACAACUUUCAAUGUAAUUAAGUAAUAAACUAUUAUAAAGCAAGGGCCAAUUUUUUAAUCUGAUUCUACUUUUUCCUCUCCAAUUUAAUAUAAUCCAUUGAUUCAAAGUUAUGAUAGAAAGCUUUUUUUUCAAAAAACAGGAUUUAAUCCAAUUAUGCAAAUAACUAUAGAGCUUGAUGAAAUUGUAGAAUUUAACCAAAUACAAUUCCCUACUAUAACUUAAGUUUUUGCUUAAUGUAACACUGUAAUAACAGUAUUAAUGUGCUUUGGAAUUAUUGGUAGGUAUAUAUCAUAAAAACUUUUAGAAUAAGAUAUAUUCAUGUUAAUUUUAUAAAAUAUUUUCUCAAACAAUUAUCAAAAAAUAUUAAAAACUAACAAUAUUUGUAACUAAGAAGAAAAUCCUUUGAUUGAUUAACUAGUUCAAAUGAAAAAUAACAUGCUGAAGGAAGUAGUUGAAAAUACAGAAUCUAUUGCUAUACCUACAUUUAAUGCUAAGUUGAAAGAAUCAAUCGAUAUGCAGCAGAGUUCACUUUGCUCAAAUAAAUUAUAUUAAAAUUAUUAGUAAAAUGAUGAAGUAAAAGAAUAGCAAUCAGUUCAAAAUAGUUCACAUUCAGAAAAUUUGAAAACUUCAGAAAUAUAGCUCACAAGUAUGAAUUCCAAUUAUACAGAAAAUGAUGGACUUGAAAAUUUUACUUAUGGAGAAAAAAAAUUACUAUUUUAAAAUAGUCUUACUUCUUAGAAAUUUAGAAAUUCAUAAAAACUUACAAGAAUUCCUCCUAAAAAUAGUUAACAAAUCAACUUUAAAUCAAAUAGUUGUUAGUAAAAUAACAUAAAUUAACAAAACUUGAAGUCAAUUUCAGUCGAAAAGGAUAAUCAAUAUAAUCAAGAAAUAUUGAAACUUAAAUUUAAAGAAAAAAUAGAGAAUUAUUCGAAAAAGCUUUUUUAGUUAAAAGAUUAUAUUCUGUAUUAUUUCUCUAUACGGAACAAAAAAGAGAUACAUUAAAAUAAAGGAAUUGAUUCAUCAGAGACUAAAGUAGUUGAAAAUUAAGUUCAUCAAACGAUGGAUGUUUUAUAACUAUUUAGAGAUUUGAUAUUACUCAAGAAAGCUGUGAUGGUUUUAUUUAGUAAAGAAUAACUAGCUGCUUUGUAACUUGUAGGUUGUUCAGCUAACCUUUAAAAUGUUUAAUAGAUGAAAUAAAAAUCACCACAAUUUGAUUAGAAAAAAUAAAAUCAUUUUUAGAAGUAAUAUACUAUCGAAUAAUCAUAAGAAUUACAAGAAUUUUAUAUCUAAAAAUUCUUAAAAAGAUGCUCAAGCAAUUAAAAUCUAAGCAAACUUGAUUUAAGAAUUUUAUCUUCAUUAAGUUAAAAUUGA